GUCCCUCCCUCUAAAACCACUCUGUGUGGGGACCAUGAGAGCCAGACCAAAGCUCAGAGGAACCAACCUGGAGCUGAACCCAGCUGUGUGUCCUUAAAGAGCGACUGGUCAAAGAGUAUUGGUGCUAAUUUUAAAGAACAACCCUUUGCUGCAGAGAGGAACCAACCUGGAGCUGAACCCAGCUGUGUGUCCUUAAAGAGUGACUGGUCAAAGAGUAUUGGUGCUAAUUUUAAAGGACAAUACUCUGCUGUGGAAAGGAACCAACCUGGACCUGAACCCAGCUGUGUGUCCUUAAAGAGUGACUGGUCAAAGAGUAUUGGUGCUAAUUUUAAAGGACAAUACUCUGCUGUGGAAAGAGAGAACCAGAAGACCUCAGAGGUUCCCAGUGAUCAGCCUCCCCAGCAGCAUCAAACACACCUGGACUCCAUAUUUAUGCUCCUGGAGGAGAAAAUAAUCACUUUUGUGAAGAAUGAGUUAAAGAAGAUCCAGACGGUUCUGUAUCCAGAUUAUGUAGAAUGCUUAAACUGCCAGACGGAGGAUGAGGAGAUUUUGGAGUGUGAGGAUGAAGAGCAAAGGAGUAGCAACAGAGAGGCAUUUAUAAAGAUCACACUGCAGUUUCUGAGAGGAAUGAAGCAGUAUGAGCUGGCUGACCGUCUGCUGAGCAGCAGAUUUGCUCCAGUUUGUCAACAUAAUCUUAAAUCUCAACUGAAGAAGAAGUUCCAGUGUCUGUUUGAGGGGAUCGCUAAAGCAGGAAAUCCAACCAUUCUGAAUCAGAUCUACACAGAGCUCUACAUCACAGAAGGGACUGCAGAAGUCAAUGAUGAGCAUGAGGUCAGACAGAUUGAAACAACAUCCAGGAGACGAAAACCAGAUGGACCAGAAACAACAAUCAGACAAGAAGACAUCUUUAAAGCCUCACCUGGAAGAGAUGAACCAAUCAGAACAGUGUUGACAAAGGGAGUGGCUGGCAUUGGGAAAACAGUCCUAACACAGAAGUUCACUCUGGAUUGGGCUGAAAGCAAAACUAACCAGGACAUCAAGUUCAUAUUUCCAUUCACUUUCAGAGAGCUGAAUGUGCUGAAAGAGAAAAACUUUAGCCUGGUGGAACUUGUUCAUCACUUCUUUACCAAAACUAAAGAAGUAGGAAUCUGCAGCUUUGAAGACUUCCAGGUUGUCUUUAUUUUUGAUGGCCUCGAUGAGUGUCGACUUCCUCUGGACUUCCACAAAACUAAAAUCCUGACAGACCCCACUAAGUCCACCUCAGUAGAUGUGCUGCUAACUAACCUCAUCAGAGGGAACCUGCUUCCCUCUGCUCACCUCUGGAUAACCACACGACCUGCAGCAGCCAAUCAAAUCCCACCUGGGUAUGUUGACAUGGUAACAGAGGUGAGGGGGUUCACUGACCAACAGAAGGAGGAGUACUUCAGGAAGAGAUUCAGAGAUGAGGAGCAAGCCAGCAGGAUCAUCUCCCACAUCAAGACAUCACAAAGCCUCCACAUCAUGUGUCACAUCCCAGUCUUCUGCUGGAUCACUGCUACAGUUCUGGAGGAUGUGGGGAAAAAGAGAAGAGAGGAAACAAGGACAGCACUACCUACAACCCUAACUGAGAUGUACAUCCACUUCUUGGUGGUUCAGGCAAAAGUGAAGAAGGUCAAGUAUGAUGGAGGAAUGGAGACAGAUCCACCCUGGAGUCCAGAGAGCAAACAGAUGGUUGGGUCUCUGGGAAAACUGGCUUUUGAGCAGCUGCAGGGAGACAACCUGAUCUUCUAUGAAUCAGACCUGACAGAGUGUGGCAUCGAUAUCAGCGCCGCCUCAGUGUACUCAGGAGUGUUCACACAGAUCUUUAAAGAGGAGAGAGGACUGUACCAGGACAAGGUGUUCUGCUUUAUCCAUCUGAGUGUUCAGGAGUUUCUGGCUGCUCUUCAUGUUCAUCUGACUUUCAUCAACUCUGGAGUGAAUUUACUGGAAAAGCAACAGGAAACCACCCAGAAUUUGCAAGAAGAAGAAUCUGCAGAGACUUGCUUGUACAAAAGUGCUGUGAAUAAGGCUUUACAGAGUUCAAAUGGACACCUGGACUUGUUACUCCGCUUCCUCCUGGGUCUUUCACUUCAGACCAAUCAAAGUCUUUUACACGGGCUGCUGGCACAGACAGGAUGUAGCUCACAGACCAAUCUGGAAACAGUUCAACACAUAAAGGAGAGGCUCAGUGGAAAUCUAUCUGCAGAGAAAAGCAUCAACCUGUUUCACUGUCUUAAUGAACUAAAUGAACAUUCUAUAUUGGAGGAGAUCCAACAGUCCCUGAGAUCAGGAAGUCUUGCUGCUGAUAAACUGUCUCCUGCUCAGUGGUCAGCUCUGGUCUUUAUCUUAUUAUCAGCAGAAAAAGAUCUGGAUGUGUUUGACCUGAAGAAAUACUCUGCUUCAGAGAAGGCUUUCCUAAGGCUCCUGCCAGUGAUUAAAUGCUCCAGCAUAGCACUACUUGGUGGAUGUAACCUCUCAGACAGAAUCUGUGAAACUCUAUCCUCACUACUCAGCUCCCGUUCCUCUUGUCUGAGAGAGCUGGACCUGAGUAACAACAACCUGAAAGACUCUGGAGUGAAAGUACUGUCUGGGGGACUUGAGAGUCCACACUCUAAACUGGAAAAACUUAGAUUGUCAAGUUGCUCAGUCACAGAAGAAGGUUGUACUGCUCUGACAUCAGCACUGAACUCCAAGCAUUACCACCUGAGAGAGCUCGACCUGAGCUACAAUAAUCCAGGAGAAGCAGGGGUGAAGAUGCUGAAGCAGCUCCGACUGGACACUCUCAGACUAAGUGGUUGUAACCUCUCGGACAGAAUCUGUGACACUCUAUCCUCAGUUCUCAGCUCCCACUCCUCUAGUCUGAGAGAGCUGGACCUGAAUGAUAAUGACCUGAAGGACUCGGGAGUGAAAACACUGUGUGGUGGACUAGAGAGUCCAUACUGUAAACUGGAAAUAUUCAGAUUGUCAGGCUGCUUGAUCACAGAAGAAGGUUGUACUGUUCUUAUCUCAGCGCUGAACUCCAACCAUUCCACCCUGAGAGAGCUGGACCUGAGCUACAAUGAUCCAGGAGAGGCAGGGGUGAAGCAGCUGAAGCUGCUCCAACUGGACACACUCAGGGUGGAGCCUGCUGGAGUCCGAUGGUUGAGACCAGGUCUGAGGAAGUAUUCCUGUCAACUCACAUUCGACACAAACACAGUGAACACAAAACUGAAACUGUCUGACAACAACAGGAAGGUGACACGUGUGGAGGAGGAUCAGUCAUAUCCUGAUCAUCCAGACAGAUUUGACUUCCAUCCUCAGCUAUUGUGUAUAAAUGGUCUGACUGGUCGCUGUUACUGGGAGGUCGAGUGGAGAGGAGACGUUUAUAUAUCAGUGAGUUACAGAAGAAUCAGAAGGAAAGAAAAUGCUAAACAUUGUUUGUUUGGAUGGAAUGAUCAGUCCUGGAGUUUGUAUUGUACAGAUGAUGGUCCUCAUUCUGUCAGACACAACAACAGACAAACAUCCAUCUCCUCCUCCUCCUCUGCCUCUAACAGAGUAGCAGUGUAUGUGGACUGUCCUUCUGGCACUCUGUCCUUCUACAGAGUCUCCUCUGAAACUCUGAUCCACCUCCACACUUUCAGCACAACAUUCACUGAACCUCUUUAUCCUGGAUUCAGAGUCUUGUUUGGGGCCUCUGUGAGUCUGUGUGGCGUUUGAUAAGAAUCUUCCCCUCUUAGAGACGCACAGAAGAAGAAUUUAGAAAAUACUCAGACAUUCACAAGUUUAGUGAGCAGCCAGGCUUCAGCCUGAUGUCUGAUUGGGUGCGUAGCCUCCAGCUUACUUCCACAUGGGGGACGGUCGUAGCUGAGGAGUAAGCAACAUUUUAUUCAUAUGGCACCUUUCAAGACAAGGAUAACGAAGUGCUUCACAAUAAAAUAAAAGAAACGGAGCACUAAAAAAAAGACUUAACAAAAGCAAGUCUAAGAUGAUGAGUUUUUAGUUGUUUCUUAAAACAACUAAUACAGUGAGCUGCUCACAGAUGCUGGUUUCUGGAAGUGUUCCUGAGCCCAUGCACUGAUAUUUUAUUGCAGCGCUGAUGAAGGUAAUAGCAAUCUCACUGAUCUGAAAAUGCCACCAAAAAAGCAAACUCAUGAGUUGAAGAGGAGUUGGAGGAGAUCAGGAAAUCGCCAAAUUUCAUUUUGGACGAACUGAGCAAAGUGGCUAAACAACAAGGUAUACUGCAUGUCCUAACAAAUGAGAUAAAACAACUAAAAAAACCUGAUAAAGGAGAAGGACAAGAAAAUAGACGGCUUGGAACAGCGAAUCGAGGGCCUUGAACAAUACACAAGAAUGAAUAUUUAAUCAUAAGUGGACUAGAGAUGUAACACUGAACCUACACCAGAACAACAGCUGGCAGAGGUAGAGACGUGAAGAUGCCCCAGCAGAGGAGCUGCAAACACUUGAACAGCAAGUGAUAAAUUCCUCCAAAUGAAGAAUGUGAGUAUUCAGAGUCAUCAUAUCACAACAUGUCACACGCUCCGCAUAGAUAGUAAAACAAAGCCCGUUUUGAAGAAGCUAAAUAGGACUGGUGUGUAUUUCCAACGAACAUUUAAUGAAAAAAACUGCUGAAAUUGCAAGACAGGCACGCAGCCUGAGAAAACAAAACAAGAUACAAGCACCAUGACUGAGGAACUGCAAAGUAAUGAUAAGACUGAAUGGUACUCCUAAAACUCCUAAAGAAGUGAAAGUUCUGAUAAUAAGAACUCAGAGACUUAGAACAAUACAAACGAUCAGGAGUCUGCUCUUUACUGGAAAUGUGAUGACUGGAUAUUAUGAACAAUGGAUGUGGAAACACAAAUGACAAGGUUGGAUUAUAUGUUUCCAUGAAGAGGAAGACUUUGAUUAUGAAAAGGACUAUCAAGGUGGUUAUAAUUUCUAAUGAAUACAUUACUUUUAAUGUCACUGUGUGGUUUUCAUCUGUAAAGCUGAAUAAGAUCAGAACAAAUGUCAUUCAUUUCUGUUGCUUAUUUAUUUGUGGAAAAUAAACUGAUAAUAAAUUGACUUCCUAAUGCCAAUGAGAACACUGAAGCUCAGAAGAGCAGAAACAAAA